GUAAUUCCUUCUGACUUUGAUGUUUCAUUAAUUGAGAUUGUAAUGGAAUGUGUUAGAAGUGAUUUGGGAACUGAACUAUUGAAACAGCUGAAUAACGAGCAUACGAGGAUGCACAAUUUUCCUAUAAAAGUGGAUCUAUCCAACUUCUUCAGCGAUGCACGCAGCUGCUCCUUGGUUUUGGUUGAUGUCACAUGGGAGAAUGUCAAGGAAUUACAAGAUCAUAUCCAGAAGCUGUUCUACCUGAAGGACAUAAGCUUGUUAACCCACGAUGGAUGCUAUGUGCCACCAAAGGAGUCCAUCAAAGUAAUCAAAUCAGCGCAGUCGCUAAAAGCCUUUCAGCUCGACGUGCCCAGCAAAAGUUCUAGGGAUGGGGUAGAGGACCCCUCGUGCUUUGCCGAAACUAGCAAAAAGCGAAAAAAUCGAUCGGCUGAAUCGGAAAAAGAAUUAAUAAGCUCCACGCCAAAUCUACCCAAGCGCUCGAAGAGCAAAAAUUUUAAAAAAGAUGAAACAAGAUUUGGGGAACCCACAGUACAAAUAGAAAACACAAAUGGGAAUAGUGAGAAAAGUGUUAAGGGAAAUAAGUCCAAGCGCUCGAUUGAAUCAUUUGAAGAGGAUCCACAAGCGCCAGAGAUCAGCUGUAUAGAGCAUAAUAAAUCGGCAGUCACCGUUACUGCGCCCAGCACGCCAAACCAAUCAAAGAAUCUCAGUAGCAUUAAGAAGCAAAAUAACUCGAAUAAUCACAUAAUAUACAAAGAUGAUGAAGAGGAAAACGAGCCAGCAGAUAUCACAGCCGUGGAGACGAGCUAUCGGGUUGAGCCGGUGGUGCAGGAAGUUGAAUUUCGUAGCCUGCUGAUGGAGCUGGACUGUAAUGCGGGGCGCGUCUUGAAGCUACCACGCAAAUCAGAGCCCAUCAAAAUCAUAGAAGAAAUUGUAAUCCCUGCAACAAAGCUAAGCGUGGCGCUGGCCGCACCAAAGGAAAUUGAGCAAGUGGUGUUUGAACCGUUGGAACCAGCCAUAUCAGCCGAAAUUGUAGAGGCAGCUGAAGUAGAGCAAGAAGAAGUAGUACAAGAGGAAACAAAGCCAGCUACUCCGCCCCAGCUUGGUCCAGAAAGCGCACAAAUAAAGCAAGAUAGCCCAGAGCUACAGGAUAACUCGAUUGCCGAGGAGCCAACGCAGAGCUUAUUGGACUCAGACUCUGAGGACGAUGUUAUGGUGCUGGAUGACACAAAUAUAGACGACUCAGACUCGGAUGUACAGCCAGUGCCUGUAAAAAAGGAUGAUACAUUGGAUAUUAUUGCGGACAUGUUGAAGAAUGCGGCGCCCCUAACGAAUCUACCGAAUGUGGGCGAAACUGUCAUCUUUAAGCUGGCCAAAUCAAAGGGCGUACAACAGCCUGCCGCGAACACCGAUUACAUAGCUGGCACCUGUAACUAUAUCAAUCGUCGCACGAGAUCCAUGACCAUUGACGUUAUCGCAUGUCCAAACGGUGCUCGUCACUUACUACACCAAUAUUCUAGCUGCUUGGAUGACUCGGACACUUCGUCGCGCGUUUUAACUGUUAACUUCAGAGAGCUAAUCGACGCUAAGGUAAUUGUGGCCUCUGUGGAUUAACAAGGGUUUAUUGUUUUUCC